AUGACUUCUGAGCAGACUUUCAUCGCCAUCAAGCCCGACGGUGUCCAGCGUGGACUCGUCGGCCCCAUCAUCUCUCGCUUCGAGAACCGUGGCUUCAAGCUCGCUGCUCUGAAGCUCACCUCUCCCACCCGCACUCUCCUCGAGCAGCACUACGCUGACCUCAAGGAGAAGCCCUUCUUCCCCGGCCUUGUCACCUACAUGCUUAGCGGCCCCGUCGUCGCCAUGGUCUGGGAGGGUAAGGAGGUCGUCAAGACUGGCCGCACCAUCCUCGGUGCCACCAACCCCCUUGCCUCCGCCCCUGGCACCAUCCGUGGUGACUUCGCCAUCGACGUCGGCCGCAACGUCUGCCACGGUUCCGACAGCGUCGAGAGCGCCAAGAAGGAGAUUGGCCUUUGGUUCACCCCCGAGGAGAUCCAGAACUACAAGCUCAACGCUUUCGGCUGGAUCUACGAGAAGGAAUAA